AUGAGUAAAGUUCUGUCGGAGCAAGACGUUGCAACGUCACUGUUGAGAGUGAGGAAGAGACGCGGAGGAGGAGGAGGAGGAGUGCAUGGCUUCUCACUGUCACUGGAACGACUGUGCGUGCGCCGAACAGAAGAACGAGGCAUGGCUGGGAAGCCAUUCCGGGCUACCCAAAUCUGGAGCAGCAUCAUCUCCAACCUCCACACUCAUGUGGAGGUCAAGCGCCGGCGGCACAAUCUCAAGUCGUACCAAGACUGCUUCCUGGGCUCUGAGGCUGUGGAUGCUGUUUUGGCGCACAUCACCUUGAAUCACUUCUUCGGCGACGAGGCCGUUCCUCGCCAGAAGGCCGUCCGACUUUGUCAAGCCCUGAUGGACUCGAAGGUCUUUGAGCCGGUGGGCAUUAAAGUGUUUGGCAAGGAAAAGAAGCGGGCCACUUUCGAGGACAGCAGCUGUAGUUUGUACAGGUUCACGAGCCCAGAGACGGGCUUAUCACCGCUGAACAACACCAAGUCCAACUCCACGGGGACCAUAGAGAGCGGCUAUGACUCUCCCGCCAUAAACAGGAACAAGAACAGCUACAGUCCAUUAUGUGAAAGACAAGAAGUGCUGUCGUACUCCACUCACUCCCCUGUAAGAAUAGGCAAAUCAGUGGAGUACGUGCUGAGAAAUAUCAACCUGAGCUCGGCCAUCACGCCUCAAAUGAUCAACUUGGGCCUCUCACGGGAGCUGGUGGCUGAGGUGUGGCAUCAGCAGGCUGUGUGCAGGCUUCUGCAGUUGAUUGAGCUCCCGCUGCUGGAGAACUUACUGGAGGGCAAGGAUGCCUCGCGGACUUCUUUGCAGGCCGUGGACAGCGACUCAGACCUGCUGUUGACAUCAGGCUACUUGGACAGAGAAGUGCUCAAGGCCUUCAGUGAGGCACAGGCAGAUGAAUGGAUGACUGGUGCCUUGGACUGUCUGGAGUUCGUCCCCGACGACCAAGUGGCGGAGGUCAGUAAAGGUCUGGCCGGCUGCGCGAACGACCUCAUUGAGUGUAAGAGGCUGCUCUACCAAGUCCUGGCUAAGCAUUACGUACAAGCCGACCAGCCGCCUCUCCUCUGCAACCACGUGUUCGACAUCCACUCGGGCAUCUCGGAACUUCUCGUAAACGGCAAGCUGGAGCAAGCUCUGGAGGCACUGCAGCUCAGCGUGAAACUGCAGGACUCUCGGUGCAGGGAGGAGCUGCGGCGGCUGCUCAGGUUCAUGGCCAUCGCCGCUAACACGCAGGACAUCAAACUGCACAAAGAGAUCGAGAACCGAAUGGCAGUGAAGAGGUCGUUCUCCAGCGCCAUCGUGUACAGCAAAAGACUCUCCAAAGGCAAAGUGGACCUGAUGGUUCUGUUUCUGAUGGACAACCACUGCGAUCUGUUUAAAGUUCCAGUUUCAUUACACAAGACGGUCAGCGACAGAUUAAAGAAUAUCAUUAAAGGGAAGGACGCGGAUAUGAUAACAGGGUCGACAUAUUGCACAAGACAGAACGCAAAGACUUAUUCGGAAGAUGCAGAAAAACACACCAAAGAGGAAUUGUGGUCGUUACUGCGGACAAUCCACGAGAACCCAAACCUGCCCAGCAAGGAAAAGAGACGUUUGCUAGCACAAUUUUACAAAGGCCACCCGGACAUUUUUGUGCAGUAUUUUGGCAAUAAAUUAUCAAGCAUGAACAUGUUGAUACAGUAAUAAUAAUUGGUUAAAUAUAAAGAGUGGAGCCUUUGUGACUGUGAAUGUGGAUUUGAAAGGAUUAAGCUGUGAAAAGUGGGACAAUUUGGAGUUUAACCCAAAUGUUGUGGUGAAAAAAAUAUGCCUCAGAAGACAAAGAAAGCUUGGAAUUCAAACCAUAAGUGUGAUUGCAGCAUGUUGUUACAAACUUCAGCUAAGUAGGCAUCCAAAGUGUUAAGCUUUUUCUUUAACUUCUUUUUUGUGAUGCCAUCACAAAUGCGUGAUAACGAUAGACCAGGAAAUGGACAUUACUGUGACAUACAAAAGCAUCUGGCUGCUCAGCACAUUAUGAGCAAUACAACCUUAAGAUUUUUUGUUUGUUUGUUUGUUUUUAUGGUGUGGUUCUUUUUUUAAUAUUUGUAAUUAUGUUAAGAGUUAAAAUGUUACUGUAAAACUUUAAAUAUCACCUGCAGAGUUAGGUUUUAUUGAAUUAUUGUUGAUCCCGGAACAAAUUUAUUUGCUUUAGAUUAUUUCCUAUAGGAAACCUUAACAAACUAGUACAGAUUGUGUUCAACUUUCGAGGUUCCAAUGCAUUCCUUAAGCAUUGCGACACCUAGUCAUUACAGGUAGCAAAAACAGAAGAAAAUGUAAUGUUUCCACCCUUUUCAGCGACAAAAGCUUUUUAGUUGCAGUUCAUCCUAAAGCCAUUUGCUGAGGAUUAAGCUUGGGUUGGAAAGUUCUUCCACAUCAAACUCAAGUAUGCUUUAAUUGAUAUUGCUUUGUACACUGUGGACAAAGUUGGAAGCAUAGGUCCAAAAUGUUUAAGAUUCAGGCAGAACUAGCCAAAUCUAUGGUCGGUGAAUUAAUCAAGAGGUGUGUGCCGAUACCUUAUAUUUCCCUAUUUAUUUUUAUGACUGUUGCUCUUCCAGGACUAAGCCAAGUAUGGAUGUUUGUACUUCGUGAAAAAAAGGAACAUGUUACAAAUAAACGUGAUACAGACCAGCUGUGUCUAAAAAAG